AUGGCGCCAAGUCAGGAUAUCUUCGCUUGUGGUCAUUCUGCCGAGCUAACAUACCUCCCUCAAGUUUGUUUCAUUCAAACUUGUCGAGCUCGAGCUUGUUUCGUGAAAGCUUGUCGAGCUAGAGCUUGGUUUGGGAAAGUUUACCGAGCUCAAGCUUCUCUCGCGAAAGCUUGUCGAGGUUUUCGAGCUAACAUGUUUUGUUAG